AUGUAUCUCCCGCAGGACAAAGCAGAUGUGCUCGAACGACUCGUCACCACUCACGGAUUCAAUAUAAACGUGCAGAAGAGUAUGGACAAGAUGACACCCGCACAUCUGUCUGUAUGGCUGAGAAAACACCAUCUUACGGAUUUACUACGUAAAUUGGGUGCGGAUUGCGAUAACGUAAUCAACAAGUACGGCGAGAGCGUCGAUGGUUUGAUAGCAAUGCAUAAACGUAAAGAUAAUCUGGUGUGGAUGGAUCUCGAGUUCACGUCGCUGACUGACCCUGAGAUCCUGGAGGUGGCUGUGAUCAUCACAGAUGGGACUAUGGAGAAGGAAUUGGCUCGUCAGCGAUGGGUGAUACAUGCGAGCGAAGCCAAAAUCAACAGCCUGGAGGAUUGGCACCAGAGGCACUUCUGUGAUGUCCAGGAUGGCGGCAACGGGCUCUUCUCCGAGUGUUUGGCCAGCGAAAUGAGCGUAGAGGAGUGUGAGCAAGAACUACUAGUUUUACUGUCUCAGCACUGCGAGGAACGACAGAACUGUCUCGCUGGAUCCAGUGUGCACUGUGAUAGACAGGUUUUGAAUACACAAAUGCCAGCUGUGUACAAGUUUCUAUCUCACCAGAUUAUUGAUGUUUCGACAUUUAUUGGAGCCGCUCGACGAUGGCGACCUGCAUUGAGUGAUCCCCGCGAAUACCAGAGAAAUAAGGCGAAGAAGGCCAGAAGAAUGGCCGAAAACCUGUCAAAAUCGGUAGUAAAUGAUUCGAAAUCGGCAGAAGACGAUUCAAAAUCGGCAGAAAGUGAUUCCAAAUUGGCCGAAAAUGGAACGAACGAGGCAGAAAAGGAAUUGAAAUCUAGCACAGAUGCGGAGGACGGUGUAGUAGACGAUAGUAUUGCUGCAAAGAAGGGUGUUGCGAGUGAUGUUAGUGGCGCUGCUAGUGAGUAUGACGGGCAUAGGGCUAUGGCUGAUAUUGAGCGGUCCAUUGAAGUGGGAAGAUGGGCAAGAGACGUGUUCUUCAAUCCUGUGGAUAGCAGUUAGAGCUGGGUCCCAGUGGUCGUUCAUGCCCUUGGAGAGAAUCAAUAAAGUACUAAUUUGACUAUGG